AUGAGGUUCUUCGCCUUCCUCUCCUUUGUAGGUCAUGUGGCGGCCUUGUGGCCUGCUCCUCAAUCUUUCACCAACGGAAGCUCUACUGUUUGGAUUGCGGAGGACUUUCAGGUCUCAUACAACCAGCAAGAUCUUUCGCAUCCCAAGGCUGUAACAAAAACGAUCUCAAGCCUAGAGAUUGUUGCAGCCGCCGUGCAGAGGACUCGAGAGUCUAUAUUCAAAAGUAGUAUCGUUCCUUGGAAGUUCCACCCACGCAAUGAGCUGGAUAAAUUUGAACCCCCCGCGACUGGUUCAAAAACGUACAUACGGAAACUCCAUAUCACCCAGACGACAAAAGACAGCAAAUCAAGAUUCAAUCCCCUCGCAGGCGCAGUUGAUGAGACUUAUAACUUAACGAUUAGAGUCAAUGGUGCAGCAGCCAUCUCGGCAGUAUCGUCUACUGGCGUUCUCCGCGCUCUCGAGACUUUCGCACAACUAUUCUACUCUCACUCAGUCAAUGGCACUGGCACUGGCAUGUAUUCCAAUCUGGCUCCCGUCAGUAUCAGUGAUUGGCCAAAGUUCAACCAUCGAGGUUUGGACUUGGAUGUUUCCCGAAACUGGUACCCCAAAAAGCACAUCCUGAGGACCAUUGAUGCUCUUUCUUGGAACAAAUUCAAUCGUUUCCACAUCCAUAUGACCGAUGCACAAGCCUGGCCCCUGGAUGUCCCCGCGUUACCAGAACUAUCUAAAAAGGGCGCGUAUCAGGCUGGUCUAUCCUAUACGCCUCAAGAUAUUGAAGAUAUCCAGAUCUACGGUAUCUAUCGUGGUAUCGAAGUAAUCAUCGAGAUAGAUAUGCCUGGUCACACAACAGCUGUUGGAUUCGCAUAUCCAGAGCUCGUCACCGCAUUCCGUCAGCAGUCAUGGCGUGAUUAUUGCUCUGAACCUCCCUGCGGACAACUCAAGCUCAAUUAUACGCCAGUAUACGACUUUGUCACCAAACUUUUCGAUGAUGUGUUACCUAGAAUCUCUCCAUAUUCGGCGUAUUUCCACACCGGCGGAGACGAGAUUGAAGCUAGCGACUACCUUCUAGAUGACACUGUCAACUCCAAGGACAUUGCAGUCAUCACGCCGUUACUUCAAAGGUUCAUCAACCACAGUCAUGAUUUGGUCAGGAAAGCAGGUCUUGUACCAAUCGUUUGGCAAGAGCUGCUUCUCACAUGGAAUCUCACUCUUGGAAGAGAUGUUAUAGUUCAGACCUGGGAUGGUGGUUCGGCCCUCAGCAAGGUAACGGAGCAAGGACACAAAGCUCUCUUUGGAGAUACAGGCAGCUGGUACCUUGCCUGUGGUUACGGAAAAUGGUUCAACUUCAAAGACGCCGAUAUUCCAGCUAACUACCCGUACACUGACUUUUGCUCGCCAAUUAACAACUGGCGUGUGGUGUGGGAGUAUGACCCAACUGCUUCUCUGUCUGCUGAGCAGGCUGCGCUGGUCAUCGGAGGCGAGAUCCAUCUCUUUAGCGAGCAGAGUGACCCAUCGAACCUGGAUACGAUGGUCUGGCCACGGUCGAGUGCCGCGGGAGAAAAUAUGUGGUCUGGGCGUCAAACUCUAAGCGGGCAAAAUAGAAGCCAGAUUGAUGCAGCUGUGAGAUUGUCUGAUAUGAGAGAGAGGAUGGUGCUGCGGGGAAUCAACCUUGCACCGGUUCAGAUGGCGUGGUGUACACAAUAUGGUGGUGACUGCACAUGGUAA